AUGCUGGUCCCGCACCGGCCCUUCCACAGUACUCCGGGGCGCAUCAACAGAUUGCUUCCGGUCCUCAAAUCGGCGGUAUCGUCGGGGGGAGGCUAUGCUGGCGGCGCUGUUUCCGGCGGCCAGUUCUCCUCGUACGGCCCCGACUUCAACCCGUUGCUGAUGGGCGGAAAUAAGGGCUACCCCGGCCUGCGCGCCCGCAUCAACCAGCGCGCCUUCCAAUACGCUUCCUCCGUCAUCGCCCCGCUCCUCAACUCGGAGAUCCAGAAGGCCCGGCUACCCCCGAUCAGCCAGUGCAUCCCACAGGUGAACGGCUGCAUCCAAAUCUACAACCUGUACGUCUCGCGCUACCGCUGCCCGCAACGCAUCUCCAUCUACCCGGCACCGCCGAAUCGGCUGGCCGUUGCUGUGGAGAAUCUGGACAUUGGCGUCACCGGAAAUCUUGGAGGGCAGAUCCAAAUCCUGCUCCCCAUCGCGUUGUUCGGAAUUGUGCAGGCUAACCUUCACCAAGUGUCCAUCUACGUGGACCUCAUCAUUGAAAGAACCGCCAGCGGUGCCCCAUACAUCCGAAUGGGCAGCUGCAACGUGCAAAUCGGAUACGCGGACGUGUGCAUCCAGAAUGGUGGCCUGAUCGGCGAUAUCGUCAACAGCCAAUUCAGGGGUCGCAUCUCGUCGAUGGUCAAGGAGAUGGCUCCCGGCAAGAUCUGCGCCCAGCUACCCGCCAUCGUCAACGAGAAGCUCAACGGAAAAUUGUCCAGCCUCCCUCAAACGAUCGCCCUCACCCAGAUGGCCUCAAUGUUCGGCAGCGCGCUCGGACUUGGCGGAAGCGGCGGCGGACCAUCGGCUGAAUACUGUCAAGCUUCCUGCGCCAAGCCUCCAGUGGUUCUACCGUCCGUCUCUUCCACCUCAUCCGGAUCAGCACCGGCCCCGGUUUCCGCCCCGGCUCCAUCUGGAAUCGUCGGCAGUGCCCCGUUGGCCUACCGCGACGGGCCCGUCGUCAAGGUCAAGAAGGUCGCCGCCCGCGCCAUCCCGGUUUAUAAGACUAGUGUCCAGCGACAGGCCAACUCGACGCUCGACAAUUUGGACAGCGAGACGCUCGCCGUUGAAAAGGCGGCUAUCACCCGCCAAAUCGGCGCCGCCCUCGAUUUCGUUGGUGCCCCGAAUGCCCCUCAACCAACCCACGCCUUCCGCUUCAAGCGCCAAUCCCAGCUCCGCCCCGCCCCGCAGGCCAUCUACAAGGCGUUGGCACCAAUCUACAGAAAGUCGAGAGGCACCGCCGGAUACUCCCCCGCCGAGGGUCCGGCUCUUCCACCACCACCGCCAGUUUCGAACGCCCCCGCCCCGGUCCUCGUCCCACCGCCAUCAGACGCUUGCGCCCAAUGCCCCGCCAGCGGCGCCCAGGCCGAAGACCCGGCAAACAUGCUCCGACAACUCGCCUCCCACCUCGAUUUGAAUCGCCUGAACGACAUGUACUUGUCCGUCCAACUGCUCAACACCUACGCCACAUCAUGCGAUUUCACGAUCGACCUCGUCGGCGAGUUCAGCCCCUACGGACAAGGUGGAACUCCCUUCGGCGCAUUCCCCAGUCAGUUCCCGGGAGCCUGCGAUGGACACAUGGCCGAAUUCAUCGUCAGCGACUACACCCUCAACUCCCUCUUCUACCAUAUGCACCGAAAGGGCUUCAUCUCGUUCCGCAUCGGGCCCGACACGCCCAAGAUCGGCGAGCUGCUGAAGACGACUUGCUCGGAGGAUGAGGACGAUGAGCUGGAAGACCAUGGUGUUGAGCUCGAUGAGGAGGAUGACGAGGAGCGGCGCAAGCUGAAGAAACGCCGUCACGCCAUCCACGAUAUGCUUCACCGUAUCGCACGUCACUCCGUCGCAAAGCGAGCCCACUCUCACGUUCGUCGCCACAGCGGCAAACGCGGAAGGAGACAAGAUGGCGGUGGACUGGCCGAUCUCGGCAUCUGCUUCGGCGACAUCCUGCCCGCCGUCCGCGAGAAGUACCCGAACCAAAAGAUCAGCAUCCUGAUCCACACGAUCCGAGCCCCGUCGGUGAUCCUCUCGGGAGCCCGAGGAGGCAUGGCCACCAUCGACCUCGGAGCCGAUGCCGACAUCUACAUCGAUGGGACCAACACCAAGGUUGGCACUAUCACCAUCAACGCAGUCGUCCAAAUCACGGCCCAAGUGUCCGGAAACCGUAUCACCGGCCAGGCGGAGAUCAGCAGCCUGCAGCUACGCGACAGCACCGGAUCGUUGGGACUUCCACAGGAUGCCCUCGACAAUCUUGGCAAUUUGGGCAAGGAGUUGUUGACCAAGAUCGCUAAUGACGCUCUCGGCAAAGGAGUCAACAUCAAUAUCCCCAACACUGGAGCCCUGCCAUUCCAGAUUAUCAACCCACAGAUCCAGAUCGUUGAACACGGGCUGUACAUUGCCACCGACAUCUCGGUCGACGCAAAUGCCCUCGGCCUGGGGGCCAGCGGAGGCUGCGGCUGCCCAACCUGC